AUGGUUCGAUGCAAUUUCACGACUCCGAUUCAGUUUACCAAUCAGAAGGGUACGCACCCGUUCUGGACUGCCAUCCAAGUUGCUAAUGCGAAUCUUCCAAUCAAGUCUUUGGAAGCUCGCUCCAACGAUCAGGGAUCGCGUGGAUGGGUUAAAUUAAAAAGAAAUUCGGCUUCUAACCACUUUGGAACGAAGUGUAAACCGUUGGGACGGUCGGCUGAUCUCAGGAUCACCUGCAUGAGUGGAAAAAAGAUCCUCACAAAAAACGUCAACUUGGUCUAUUCAGAACGACAAAAGCCCACGUUGGCACCUGAAAACUGUUGA